AUGACUGCCACCAACGGUAUCAACCCCAGCUACACCAAGGGAACCUUCCUCUUCACAUCCGAGUCGGUCGGUGAGGGACACCCGGACAAGAUUUGCGAUCAAGUCUCCGACGCCAUCCUCGAUGCCUGCCUCAGGGAGGACCCGCUCUCCAAGGUCGCUUGUGAGACGGCCGCUAAGACUGGCAUGAUCAUGGUCUUUGGCGAGAUCACCACCAAGGCCCACCUCGACUACCAGAAGAUCAUCCGCAAUGCCAUCAAAGACAUCGGCUAUGACCACUCCGAGAAGGGCUUCGACUACAAGACCUGCAACGUCCUUGUCGCCAUCGAGCAGCAGUCGCCCGAUAUUGCCCAGGGUCUUCAUUACGAUGAGGCCAUGGAGAAGCUUGGUGCCGGUGAUCAGGGCAUCAUGUUCGGAUAUGCCACUGACGAGACUCCGGAGCUGCUGCCCUUGACCAUCCUGCUGUCGCACAAGCUCAACCACGCCAUGAAGGAGGCCCGCAACGACGGCAGCCUCCCGUGGCUGCGCCCCGACACCAAGACCCAGGUCACGGUCGAGUAUGCCCACGAUGGUGGCGCUGUUGUACCUCUCCGCGUAGAUACCGUCGUCGUCUCGGCCCAGCACAGCGAGGAUAUCUCCACCGAGGAGCUCCGAAAGGAGAUAAAGGAGAAGAUCAUCAAGAAGGUUAUUCCGGCCAAGUACCUGGAUGACAGGACCGUCUACCACAUCCAGCCAUCCGGUCUCUUCAUCAUCGGUGGUCCCCAGGGUGAUGCCGGCCUCACCGGCCGCAAGAUCAUUGUUGAUACCUAUGGAGGGUGGGGAGCCCACGGCGGAGGUGCUUUCUCCGGCAAGGACUACUCCAAGGUUGACCGCUCCGCUGCCUACCUUGCGCGCUGGAUCGCCAAGUCGCUCGUUAACGCCGGGCUGGCCCGUCGCGCCCUCGUUCAGCUGUCCUACGCCAUUGGCGUAGCUGAGCCCCUUUCGCUUUUCGUUGAGACCUACGGCACCUCUAACAAGACCUCCGAAGAGCUCGUCGAAAUCAUCAAGAAGAACUUCGACUUGCGCCCGGGUGUCAUCGUCAAGGAGCUGAACCUCACGAACCCCAUCUACUGCCAGACGGCCAAGAACGGCCACUUCACCAACCAGGACUUCACUUGGGAAAAGCCCAAGACGCUGAAGUUCUAA